UUCAACAAUUUACAGGAAAAAAAAAUGUUAGGGUUUACAUCUCUUACAUCUUCGCCAUUUCCAAAACUCGUCCCAAUUCUUCACCAUAACAAUUAUGAUCUGCUUCUCAAAAUCAAAUCCCAGAAAAUUCCUUCAAGUUUCGUCCUUUUCGCGCAAAAUCCCAAGAAAAAGGACUUAGAAACCAGUGAGAAAGACGCAGAGAAACAGCAGGCAAAUGGGUCCGUUAAUGGUGACGAUUUGAAGAAAGAUCGACGGAGCCUGUUUAAUUUAAAGUGGGGUUAGAUUUUGGAGCCGGAUCCGGAUAACAUAUUCGCCGUUGGAUUGACGGGAGUAUUGACUUGGGCGAGUGUUCAAGUGUUGUGGCAAUUGCUGGUAAUUUCGUCGGCCAUCCUUGUUGCUUCUUUGAAAUAUUCUUUCAUUGCAGCCCUUCUCCUCUUCAUUCUCAUUACUCUUCUUUGAUUCGAACAAUUCCGGCAAUGUAUUUUUCUUUUAUUUUGAAAAAUUAUAUGUAUACAUAGUAUUAUUCAAGUUCAAGAUAUGUUUGGUUAUGGUAAAAUUCAAUUCGUGGAUAUAAAGAUUGUAAAUAUCUUUGCAAGAAUAUAAUUUUG